CUAGAAACAUCAGGCGCGUCAUGCUGCUGUUAGUCCGUCCGGUCAUGAGGCACAACAGUGGUGCAACAUCAGGCCAUCAGCGCGAGUCCAGCGAGUCCGGCGAGUCUCAUUCACCGAGCAUGACAGUAUUCACCGCCACUGUUUCUUUUGUCUUUAAACGACGUGCCGCUUUAAUUAUAGUCAUGGGUUUACUGGAGCAGUGUGAGGAGCUCUUCAAGACCUCGAACCUGUAUGAAGUUCUGGGUGUUUGUAAAGAAGCAUCUGACUCCGAGGUCAGACGCGGAUAUUAUAAAGUCUCUCUGCAGGUUCAUCCAGAUAGAGCUCCUGGUGAUGAGUUAGCCACCACCAAGUUCCAGGUGCUGGGAAAGGCUUAUGCAGUGUUGGCUGACAAGGAUCAAAGGGCAGUCUAUGAUGAACGGGGAAUAGUGGACGAGGAGUCAGACACCCUUGAUCAAGAUCGCAAUUGGGAGGAGCACUGGAGAAGAUUGUUUCCCAAGAUCACAUUGCAAGAUAUCUUGGACUUUGAGAAGCAGUAUAAAGGCUCUGAUGAAGAGGUAGAAGACUUGAAGAGACUGUACCUACUGCAUGAAGGUGACAUGGAUCUGAUCAUGGAGUCUGCGCUGUGCUGUACUUCUGAAGAUGAGCCACGUGUCAAAGACAUGCUACAGAAAGCCAUUGACGCUGAAGAGGUGCCAGCCUACAAAGCCUUCACUCAUGAAAGUGCCAAGAAGAAGAACAACCACAAAAUAAAGGCGGAAAAGGAGCGCAAGGAGGCAGAGGAAAUGCAGAAGGAGAUGGGCUUGAACAGUGAGGACAGCCUGGUAGCUAUGAUUAAGGUAAAAACCAUUAAGAUGUCACCGGCUGUAUUAAUCUGCCAAAUGUGUACUCUAUAUGAAUAGAUUUUAAAAUGUAAUUUAUUCCUGUGAUGGCAAAGCUGAAUUUC